UUGGUUGGUUGUUUUGGAAGCUGUUACAUCCUUGUUUGAAUGCCUUAUUGAGACACAAACUCAGAGUUUAACCAGUAAUCUUAAGAUAGGCAGACUCAGGAGCUCUUUUUUCCUGGCUGUGAAAGUGAAACAUUUGUGGGACCACUUGAAAAAGCUGCAGCCCAAAUAACCAGCUUUUAAAGUCUCUUUACCUUGCUCCAGUUGCUUUAUCUGAUCUAUUGCCUCUGGCGUUUUUUCCAGAACCACUUGUUUCUCAGUAGCAGAAAUAUCUUGCCCAACUGGGAUACAAUAAUUUCAAAGCAAGUAAAGGAAACUGCAGCUGCUCAGCUGAGUCAGCCAAAGGGAAGAGAAAGAAGGGGGUGUGUUCUCCCCAGUAAAAACGACGCGUGUGGUUGUCAGCACUACAAGAAGGGUUUCAAACCCAUGUUAUCUUCAGGCUGUAUGCUGGUGUUUGUGUUAAGCUUUGGCACUUGUCUGUGGACCUCAGUGCUGUGAAGGCAUAAGCAUGAGCUUCAUGUUCGUUUUCUGAGUGGAUUGAUCAAAUGGGUCGAUCACCCUGAGUCUUCAGGUUGCACCCAAGAGCUGCCCAGUACGGGGACAUACAACAGGGAAAGCUCAAAAGAAGUUUGUUCUCUUCAGAGGAGUGGGACAGGUGUUCUGCUGACAUCCUGGAAACCGAGAGCAAACCUCAGCUUGGCUGGGAUCCCCAUCCAUUGGCAUGCUGGAUCUUUAAAUGGAGAGGUGCUGAGCCGAAGGAGGAACCAUGGGGAUUUCUUACCAGACCUACAUUUUGGAACAGUCACAAGCAAGAAGUGUUUCUUUUCAGAGCCUGGAGCAGUCAGUGCAAGGUUCAGGUUUUGACAGGUGCCUGCUGUGUGUCGCUAACUACUAUUUGCUUGGGUUUGAGCUCCCCCAGUUCUGGCGGCAGCGAGGCGAGCCUUUCUUCUGUCUCUCCCUACAUGCUGAAAAACUGCAAGGUGGCCACAUCAGCAAACCCGCAACAGGAUCAAUGCACCGGUAUCAGUCACUUGGAUCAACUCUGACAACUCUGGAAGCACUGAAAUACAACUGUCCAGAACACGUGAAGCUGCUCGCUCGCCUGUCUUCCCUUCGGUGGGUCUCUGGCCCCCUUGCCACGCGCAGCGAUGGUUUCAGGACUGCAUGCUUUAUUUUCCUCAGGAGUUUUGCCAGAAAAGGAGCAUACGAGGAACUAGGUUAUAAAAGACUCGCCCUCCUGUGUGCAUAUGGAAGCCAGGGACUGUGCUCUUCAGCGUCUCACGCUCUGAUGCACUUCAAGGCUUCCAACAACCACCUUCCCCAAGUCCUUCCGAAGAGCACUUCUGCUUUUUGUGGGAUGAUUAUGGACUGAUUAUUCCCCAAUCCACAGGAUACUACAGCUGGCAUUAAGGGGAUGAACAUUCUUACAAAGAUUUUAUCACCUUUAGAUCCCCCAGUACAAGAGGGCUUUUAUUACCACAACGUAGUAGCAUGUAUGAAACACAGAUGUGUUUUGGUCUCACACCUAGUGAGAUGUGAGUGGCACAAAUCUCUCACUAUUACUGGCAGUCCUAGAAAAAGCAAAUUCUGACCAUCUGAGAAAUUGAAAAUCCCUUCCUACCCUCCUUCUAGAAGAGGACUCAGGUACGAGGUGAGGCAACGGCACGUCCUGCUUUUGCUCCGCAGCUUCCGCCGACAGAGUCCUGCUGGCGCUGUAGCUGUCACUUUACCACUUCCACAAUUAAGGUCCUUUCUAAAAUGCUACGCAAAUGAAAGGAUAAGAAUCACAGUCAGACAUAGGAAAUUUCAAAGUACUUCACUAAAUUUAGCUAAAGAAGGUCGUGUUUCUUUACCAAGUCAUCCUAUUAUCUCACUUAAAAACCAAGCAUUUUGGAACAGAAAAGUAACUGCUGUAUUUACUGUAAAAAAGCCUUUUGUUUCAUUAGAGGAAAGCUCACUUGGUGAGACAAGUGACACAAUUAUAUAAUUUUAAAAACCUGAAUAUAUUUUAAACAAAUAUUGGAACCAGGUCUGGGGAACACAACACUCCAGGUUGAUUCAUGUUUAUUUUCCACUGGUUAAUUCAUCUUUUUUCAAAGAGGCCUGGAGAAAACCAAAGCAACUUACCUUGAAUGUUCCACACUCUCACACUGUCCAUCUGACCAGAUCUUGCUUUAACUGCCCAGAGAUAACUGCUGUCACCACAGGAAAAUGCAGCUGUAGCUAGUGACUAGCUGUCAGCACAUUGCGCGGUGGGGUUUGGCAAUACGUGGGGGUGUGUCGUAAGUAACAGAUUUCAAUUUUAUUUUGUUUGUGAUGCAC